AUGGAAAUGUCAAGGGAAAGAUCUUCUUUAGUGGCAGGCUACCUACAAAGAAACAACCUGAUUGACACGUCAAUCCAGAAAGCAGGUAUCUCAGGCAUCUGGCAUCAGAUCCAGGUCACCAAGAAGGAAGGAGCAGACCUUCACGUCGUGUUCCUGGAUCUCGCAAGUGCCUGGGUCCCACCAGCUCUUACAACCCUUGUUAAGGCCUACUUCCAGGAUAUCCAGCUCUGCGUGACAACAGCUGAGUUUACCACAGCAUGGCAACACCUAGAGGUGAGAAUCAUGGCUGGCUGCACCAUCUCCCCCCUGAGCCUUCACCCUGGCCAUGGAGGUCAUCAUCCGCGCCUCUCGUUGAUUGGUUGGUGGACAGUGAAUAAAACCUGGACUGAGGCUGCCACCAGUCAUAGCCUACAUGGAUGACCUCACAACACUCACCGUGACCAAGGCUUGCACUGUACAGCUACUAGGAAAGCUCCACGAAAACAUCAAGCUGGCUCGCUUGAAGAUCAAACCGAGCAAGUCCAGAAGCAUCUCCAUUGUCCAGAGGAAGCUGACACACCACUGCUUCCAUAUUGGCAAGGAACCCAUCCCAAUGGUCUCUGAGAAGCCAUUGAAAAGCCUAGGAUGCUGGUAUGAUGUCUCCCUCAAAGGAAAAGAGCAAGUAGAGCAGCUCAGGAAGGAGGUAGCCAGUGGCCUGGAAACAUCAAAAGAACCCUGCUUCCUUGCAAGCUGA